AUGGUUGCUCUUGCCCCGUUUACUCUGAUCCUAUCGAUAUUGGCUGGGGUGUCAGUGGAAGCCAUCCCUCAACAUCAACAGAAGGACGAUCCUAUCUGCGUUGCUCAAACGACAAUUACCGUAACAGCACCAGCAGUUGCUGAUCCAACUCCACUCCCAGACGCAAAUGAGCAACAAGCCGCUGGUAUAUCUGGAAACGCAGUGAACGCAGAAGUGACAGUCACCAGAAUUGUCACUGUCAUCCGGACGAUUGAUGGCGUUCCAGAGCAAACACCAGAUAAUGGCGUUACUGAAACGGCGACGGUCAUCAGCACAGAAAUGAGCACCGUGACUGUUCAAUCACCACCCGAAACCAAAAUUGCGGACCUGAAGAAAGAGGCACAAGAAUCUUCGAGUCCUGAACCAACGGUUCCUUCACCACCCAUCGUCCAUCCCCACUAUGGCAAUGCCACACAACCCGUGCCUUAUGGUAACUCCUCUCUGCCCUCGAGCAACUCCUCAUCCGGCUUGCCACCCAUCCCAGUCUUACCGAAGCCAUCUUCUACUGUGGGUAUUCAACCUUACUCGGAAUAUGCGCUUCCCGUCCCUUCGGGUUACGAGAACUCAAUAUACUUCACCAACUGGGGAAUAUAUGGCGCCAACUAUCAGCCGCAAUCCAUCCCUGCCUCCAAGAUCACUCGUGUGUACUAUGCGUUCGCCUCAUUUGGCAGUGACGGCAGAGUCACCUCGUCGGACCCGUACGCCGACCUGCAGAAGCAUUAUUCCACAGACUCAUGGAACGACGCAGGGAACAACGCCUACGGCUGCGUGAAGCAGCUGUACCUGCUCAAGAAGCAGAACCGCCAGCUCAAGGUGAUCCUCUCCAUCGGCGGGUGGAACGACUCGCCCAAGUUCCCAGCAAUAGCGGCCAGCGCCACGGCCCGCGAGACCUUCGCCCAGACCGCCGUGAGGCUCGUCACGGACUGGGGCUUCGACGGCAUCGACCUCGACUGGGAGUAUCCCGAGGACGCGGCGCAGGCCGCGGACUUUGUCAAGCUGCUGGCGGAGCUCCGGAAACAGCUGAGCGCCUGGACGGCCGCCAACGCGCGCGGGUACCGCCUCCUGCUCACCGUCGCCAGCUCCGCGGGGCCAGACCACUACAACGUCCUGGACCUGAGGGAGGCGGACCGGUACCUCGACUCGUGGAACCUGAUGGCGUACGACUACGCCGGGUCCUGGGACACCACCGCGGGCCACCAGGCGAACCUCUUCGUCAGCCCGGGAAACCCCGGCGCGGCAAAGUACAGCACAGACAGGGCCGUCUCGGACUACGUCGCCAAGGGCGUCCCGACGUCCAAGAUCCUCCUGGGCCUCCCGACCUACGGGCGCGCCUUCGACUCGACGGACGGCCUGGGCAAGCCCUUCCACGGCGUCGGGCCGGGCUCGGCGACGCUGCAGACCCCGGGCCUGUGGCUGUACAAGGACCUGCCGCGCCCCGGCGCGGGCGAGCUGUACGACGAGGCGGCCGGCGCGAGCUGGAGCUACGACCCCGCGGCGCGGGAGCUGAUCUCGUACGACAACGUGCGCAGCGCCAGGGCGAAGGCGUCGUACCUAAAGGGGAAGGGGCUGGCGGGCUCUUUCUUCUGGGAGGCGAGCGGUGACAAGCAGGGGCCGGAGAGCCUGGUUGGGACGCUUGCUGGGGAGCUCGGGAGGCUGAAUGGUCAGCGGAACUUGUUGAGCUAUCCGACAAGUCAGUACGAUAAUAUUCGCAACGGACUGCCAGAUGCGUAA